CCGCUUCCGGCAGGGGCCGGCCUGGAAGUGACGCGCGGCGGCCGCUGCGCCGGAGGUCGCUGCCGCCAUGGGGGAGCUGAGUGACCUGGACCGGCAGAUCGAGCAGCUGCGGCGCUGUGAGCUCAUCAAGGAGAGCGAGGUCAAGGCUCUGUGCGCCAAGGCCAGGGAGAUCCUGGUGGAGGAGAGCAACGUGCAGAGGGUGGACUCCCCGGUCACGGUCUGUGGUGACAUCCAUGGGCAGUUCUAUGACCUCAAGGAGCUCUUCAGGGUUGGGGGGGACGUCCCUGAGACCAAUUACUUGUUCAUGGGGGACUUUGUGGACAGAGGCUUCUACAGCGUCGAGACCUUCCUGCUGCUGCUGGCGCUCAAGGUGCGCUACCCCGACCGCAUCACCCUGAUCCGCGGUAACCACGAGAGCCGUCAGAUCACUCAGGUCUAUGGGUUCUAUGACGAGUGUCUCAGGAAGUAUGGAUCAGUCACCGUGUGGCGCUACUGCACCGAGAUCUUCGACUACCUCAGCCUGUCCGCCAUCAUUGACGGCAAGAUCUUCUGUGUGCACGGAGGCCUCUCACCCUCCAUCCAGACCCUGGACCAGAUCCGCACCAUUGACCGCAAGCAGGAGGUGCCUCAUGAUGGACCCAUGUGUGACCUGCUCUGGUCUGACCCCGAGGACACCACAGGCUGGGGGGUGUCCCCCCGCGGUGCCGGGUACCUGUUUGGCAGUGAUGUGGUGGCUCAGUUCAAUGCUGCCAAUGCCAUUGCCAUGAUCGGCCGCGCUCACCAGCUGGUCAUGGAGGGCUACAAGUGGCACUUCAGUGAGACCGUGCUCACCGUCUGGUCUGCGCCCAACUACUGCUACAGGUGCGGUAACGUUGCCGCCAUCUUGGAGCUGGACGAGCACCUGCAGAAGGAAUUCAUCAUCUUCGAGGCAGCUCCACAGGAAACACGUGGGAUCCCUGCCAAGAAACCCGUGGCCGACUACUUCCUGUGACCCCGGGGUCAUAUGGGGUCAUCCGAGGUCAUCUGGGGUCAACCGGGGUCAUCCCCAGGUCAUCCCGGGUCAUCUGGGGUCAAUAGGGUCAGCCAUGGUCAAUGGGUGUCAAUGGGGUCAAUGGAGAUCAAUGGAUGUCAAUGGAGGUCAAUGGAGGUCAAUGGGGGUCAAUGGGGGUCAAUGGGUAUCAAUGGACACAAUGGGGGUCAUGUGAUGUCAAGGGGGUCAACUGAGGUCACUGCCUGCCCCCCUGUCUUAAUGUGCUGACUGUGACCCUAUUAGGUGGCCUUUGACCUUUAGGGAUCCCACGUGAUCUAUGGAUGACCCUUGUGACUUCUGGGCUGACAUUUGACCUUUAGGAACCCCAUGGCCAAAUGGGGUGCCCUUUGACCCUUUGCACUCUCUGGGGUGACCUUUGACCUCCAAGGACACUCAUAUGCCAUGGGGUGGCCUUUAAACGUAAUUGACCCCCCCAUUACCUAUGGGUGACCCUUGACCUUACAGACCCCUCCUGACCCCUUGGUGACCUCCUGUGACCUCCAGGAUGACCCCUCCCCCCCUCUCCCCUCCCCCCCCCGUUUCCCUCCAAACGGGGUUUUUUUGAGGCCGUUUCUGCUCCUUUUAGAUAAAAAAACCUCAAAAAAAGA